AUGCAUUGGCUUCAGGCUGAGGAGGAUGGCACGUACAAUCUGCAAGCGCUGCAGCUUGAUAUUGUCGGUUUUCUAGCCAUCUUAGGAGAGGGUUCAGUGCUCGCCAAUGCGCAGGUUUCGACUCUGUCGAGAUGGAUCUUUCUGCCACGCUUGAUACCAGCCCCUCAGGCGCUUAUGAGACCGACCAGGCCAUUGGACCUUGAACCUGUUCGUGGUGAUGUCUCGGGUGUGAAAUCGGGCAAUGAUAAGGAUCAUGUCAACCACAUUGGAAACAUUAUUUGUGAUGCCAACAAUCUUCCCCGGCACUCCGUUCGAGUUGUUACCAUUAAGCGUAUCAACGAUGCAUCAAUCAAGGCAAAGGAAUACGGGCCCCUUACCUAUGUCGCAUUGCUCGGGUUCAGUCUCUCCGCGAUGCUGCUGGGUCUGUCGAUACAUCUACGUGAUGGCAUGUCCAUCGUUGCUACCGCACUACUUUCGCUUCUAUCCAGUCUCAUCGGCCUGGGCAACUACUGGACCCUCCCCGGCGCUAAAGUACAGAAAGAGGAUCAUGUGCCUCCAGGGGACGUUGUUAUCAGAUAUCCGAAGGGCAGCUUCUUAGUAGUGCGCUGUGUCGAGGAUGUGGCACGCGAACUAUACUUCGCACCGGAGGAGAUCGAGUACCUGAUCGAAGACGCAUGGGUUUACCGCCUUCUUAGUCUCAUCGGCACUAUGAUGCUGAUGGGCGGUGUUAUCUGCCUUGCGAACGCCAGAAUCGAGAGCCAGAUCGCAUGGGCCGGCUCAUACAUGCUGCUCGGAUCAGCAUAUUGGAUCGUCGCCGCGCUUCCCGCAAAAGUACACUGGGACACUUCUUGCUACAAAGUCACUUCAGAAGCGUUACACAAGUACGACAUUUAUAAGAAACGGAACAUUUUCUCGAGAAAUAAAAAGGGUUAUCCCUUCACAAAGAGCAAGUCAUUCACAGAGGCGUUGUGGAAGGCCAUCGUGGCUAGCAAAGAUGCGACUUGGGUUCGAAGAGGCGACCACUGCCCUGAGUCGAAAGUAUGGGAUGACUGGCUCCACAUGGCAAAGACCUGCAGUAGAGAAUACAUGGACCCAAUGACUGAAAAGAACAAGGAUGGAUUCAAGGUCUGGGAGAUCCCUGAAUGGGAUCCCUCGGAAUAUCUACAGCACUUGUUUAAGGAAGAGAAGAGGACGAAAGAGCAGGUCUAG